ACUAAGAUAUGAAAUUAAAACAACUAGCCUUGUACAACCCUCACGUCACCAUUCUUCUCUCCCCCCCUUUCACGAGAAAUUAGGGAUUUGGAAAUCCAUGAGCUCCCCCCCUGCAGCCGACCUCCCUCCCUCAUCGGAAGAACAUGACGCCCUUGAACGGAGUACGCACCGCAUCAAGGACCCUACUGCUCCACCAAAACCUGUGCCUAUACAACCAGGGCCCACCCAACAACGACUACCGGCAGAAACCCCCCAAGUUGAGUCGCAUCCAUCUGUUAAAACUCCACAGAGCUUUAGAGAUACCCUGCUUGGUGCAACGUCACGACAGGACCACCCACUUGUUACUUAUGAGGAGCUUGAGGCCAUUAACCCAUCUAUGGCUAUGGUGGAAGAUAAUCCUUCGCAGGACCACGGUCCCAAGAUCCCCUCUGUCCGGCUUAGUCCAGAGAUCACGAUGAGACUGCGGAGCAAUUGGCAGAACACGGUAAUUAUCAAAUUACUGGGGAAAACUAUCAACUAUAAGCUUUUAUGUGCCCGGUUGGAAGCAUUAUGGAGAACUGAAAGUCCUUGGAAAAUCUUUGGUCAUUAUCUCGCUGUGCAACCGUGGCAGCCGAACUUCCGUCCUUCGCAUGCGAAAGCACCAAAAACAGCUAUCUGGGUACACUUUCCGGAGCUUCCCACAGAGUAUUAUCAAGAACCUAUAUUACGAUUGCUGGGGAACAAAGUGGGUCGCACGAUCUUUGUGGAUGAAACAACCCUUUUAGCCACUCGAGGCCAAUAUGCUAAGGUCUGUGUGGAGGUUAAUUUGGCAGAACCAUUGGCUUCUAUGGUGGAUUUCAAUGAUGGUGUUGAUUCGAAUUCCAUGUUUCUUACGGUUGCGUAUGAUCUAAAUAACAUUUGCUUUCAUUGUGGGGAGUUUGAGCACAAAAAAGAUUCAUGCUAUUAUCAGCAGGCACAGCCAGUGACAGAAACCACCCAGCCGAUAACUGGAAUUCAACAACACCACGCCCAUACACGUCCCACAACCUCAGCUACUCUUUCCGAACCCUACGGACCAUGGAUGAUAAUUAACCAAAAACCCCGAAAACCAUUAACUAAGAGUGUACAGAGGAAGUCAGCAGAAAUCACUGAGCCAUUGAUGGGCAAUAGAUUUGCAGUUAUUUCCAAUAUGGAAAAAGAAUCCCAAGAGAGGAGUGAUGAACUAAUGACCGUUGAGAAAAUUUCGCUAAAUAUGGCGGCAAAUGAUGAAGUUAAUUUAAGUUUGAAUGAUCCUAAAGGCGACAAGUUGAACAUGGAAGUCAUGCCUUGCGAGUCACCAAGUCAAGAACAACCCAUUACCCAAUCCCCCACUCCAGUUGGACCAUCUCGCUCUCAGCCUAAAGCUUCAUUCAAGAAGAAGCAAAAAGAGAAGGUGACAAUUGGCCCUGUUCCUAAGCCCCCAAAACAUGUUGCAGCUAAACCUUAUGCCCCGCUCACACGCAAACUGUCUACCCCACCCCCAACUGUCGCUAACCAUGUGUUGGAAAAGGGACAGGAGCCUUGUAGGGUUGCCCAGACCUGUCUCCGUCAGCCUCCUUCGAACAAUCAGCCAUCAGCUGGGAUUUCAAUUGAUCAGUCAUCACUUAACUUGGGUGAGAAUGCGGAACAUGGUCCAGGAAAUAUUAUUGCUGUUUCUCCAACUCCUAACAUGGCACCCCAAACUGAUAUCUCGACAUCCAGUACUACUACUGGUUCAGAAUCUAAAGGAGUUAAUAACUCCUCCUUUCGGAGAGAUUGUAAAGAGAUGUUAAGAGUGCAAAAGCCUGAUGUAAUAUGCUUUUUAGAGACCAAAGCGGAUUCAUCGUCACGGGCCAUGCAAUUUAUGUUGCAUUUUGGCUAUGAUAAACAGUUCCAAGUCCUGUCGUCUGGGUUUGUUGGCGGACUAUGGUUGUUUUGGAAAUCUUCUAUAGCUAAUUUACAUGUUUUUUCAUCCUCACCUCAAGCCAUCCACUGCACAGUUAACAAUGGUUUAGGAGACUGGCUUCUCUCUUUAGUGUACGUUCGACCUCAGUGUAAUUACAAAGAGGCAUUCUGGACUGAUAUGGAGUCAAGAAGUGCUUCAAUUUCUUCUAGUUGGGUGGUGAUGGGUGAUUUGAAUGAUGUUCUUUCCUCUGAUGAAGUGUUUCCUCAUCACUCAUCCAUAUUUCGUCGGGCUCAGCACCUCAAUGAAAUACUGGAUCGGUGCAACUUGAUAUCUGAGGAAGCCUUAGGGUGUAAAUACACAUGGUGCCAUAUACAACAGGGGCGAGUUACCUUACGGGAACGGCUUGAUCGAGCUCUCUUCAAUGUCCAAGCUAAAGCAGAAUUUCAAGGUGCUAAACUUUUUAACUUACCACAGACUAGUAGUGAUCACCACCCAAUUCUUCUAAACUUAGAUACAGCUGCUUCUUUGGUCCCACAUCACAAGCCUAGGAGAUUUGAGGCUGUGUGGUUAACUAGGGAAGAGUUUCCAAUUGUGUUCUCUCGAGCUUGGACUCAGCACCCCACGGAUAUAAAACAAGCCAUCUCUUCCACUAGUGAUGCUUGCUUUGUGUGGGGUAAAGAAUCAUUUGGGGAUAUUUUUAGAAAGAAAAGAUUGUUACAGGCUCGAUUAGUUGGCUUGCAAAAUUCCCCGCGGUAUGACUAUUCCCUUAAUUUACAAACUUUAGAAAAGAAGUUGUUGAGUGAUUACCAGCAGGUUUUGUUUGAGGAGGAAGUCUUGUGGUUCCAAAAAUCAAGGGUGGAGUGGAUCGCCUCUAGUGAUAGGAAUACCACCUUUUAUCAUCUGUCCACUAUCACUCAGAGGUGUAGAAACAAGGUUGGGGCUUUGAAAAUUGAUGGAGUCUGGAUUGAGGAGCCGCAAAUUCUAAAAAACCAUGUUCUUAACUUCUUUGUCCAACUUUUCUCAAGGUCUAGUUCUACGAACCCUGUCCCUCUUGCUUCAGUUUCCCACCCAUCUAUUGAUGCUUCUGAGCACCCCACCCUCAUCAAGCCAGCUACAGAGGAAGAAGUGCGGAUUGCUCUUUUUUCAAUGAAGGGCUUGAAAAGCCCAGGACCUGAUGGUAUACAGGCGUUGUUCUACCAAAGGAACUGGGAUACUGUGAAAGGUACUUUCUUGGAUUUUGUUAAUAAAGCCUUAUCUAAUGGUUAUUUUGAUCCGGAUCUUGCCAAGGCGCAUGUUGUCUUGAUACCAAAAGAGCAUAGUCUGGACACUAUACAAAAAUUUCGCCCAAUCAGUUUGUUGAAUGUGGCUUAUAAGGUGCUCUCAAAAGUUCUUGUUAAUCGCUUGCGGCCUUAUCUGCAAGAGUUAAUUGGACCCCAGCAGAGUAGCUUCUUGUCAGGAAGGAGUACCACUGACAAGAUUAUUUUGACCCAAGAGGUGGUCCACUCAAUGCAACAAUUGCGAGGAGGUAGAGGCACCAUGGUUCUGAAAAUCGAUUUGCACAAAGCAUUUGACAGUGUAGAUUGGACCUUCUUACGAUUAGUUCUUCAAGACUUCAACCUUCCAACUGUUCUAAUUGAACUUAUAAUGUUCUCAGUUUCCUCGGUCCAGCUUUCAGUGCUUUGGAAUGGAGAACCUUUGCCUUAUUUCUCACCACAAAGGGGACUUCGACAAGGAGAUCCUCUUUCUCCAUAUUUGUUCAUCAUGGUUAUGGAGAAGCUUGGCCUUUUGAUACAGAAGCAAGUUAUGGACAAUCAUUGGAAGCCUUUUAGGAUUUCUCGAGGGGGUUAUGAAGUCUCACAUCUUUUCUUUGCCGAUGAUCUGAUGCUCUUUGCAUAUGCUUCCCAUCAACAGUUGGACUUCAUAAUGGAUUGCCUCAAAAACUUUGCGGUCAGUUCUGGGUUGAAUAUUAAUUUACAGAAAUCCAAGUUUUUUUUAUCCCCAAAUAUUCAACCUGCAGUAGCCAAUUAUCUAAGUGAGAGAUGUAACAUUCCACUUUCUGCUAAUCUUGGUACCUACUUAGGUGUACCAAUCUUACAUAAAGGGAAAUCUCCGAAGGAUUAUGGAUACAUCCUCGAGAAGAUGCAAGCGAAGUUGCAGGGGUGGAAAAAAGCUACUUUAAGUCUUGCUGGAAGAAGGACACUGGUUCAAGCUGUUACUUCUGCAAUUCCGUCAUAUGUGAUGCAAACAAUUCUCUUGCCAAAAUCAACAUGCGAAGCAAUUGAUCGUCUUAAUAGACAAUUCCUUUGGGGUUCAGAUUUAAUCUCGAAGAAACCACAUUUAGUAAGCUGGGAAACAGUAUGCCAGAGUAAGGAUGCUGGUGGACUUGGUCUCCGAUCCGCAUGGGAGAUUUCUGAGGAGUUUUUAACCAUGAUAGUGGCAAGAGCCAUUACACCUAGUAAGGAAUGGGAUGUGGAGAUGUUAAUGAAUUGGCUUCCCGUCGAAGUUGUUAAUGAGAUUAGAGCAUUGCCGUUAUCUUCUCAAGCUCCACUUGAAGAUGCUAUUUAUUGGGUUGGGACCUCAGAUGGUAGUUUUACUACAAAAUCUGCUUUUCAAUUGCAGCAGAGGCAUGACAAUCAAGACGCUUCUCCCCUCCCCAGUUGGAAAUGGAUUUGGCGGCUUGGUUGUUCUGAAAGGAUUAGAAUGUUUGUUUGGUUGAUUGCUCGAGAUAGAGUUUUAACCAAUGAGGUUAGAUUUAACCGACACAUUGCUGACUCCCCAACAUGCCCACGCUGUGGUAGGGCGACGGAAUCAAUCCGGCAUAUUUUGUGUGACUGCCACCAUGCUCAUGAAGUUUGGAAGUGGUUGGGAGUUAGGGAGGCUAAUUUUUUCAGGCUUGAUGUCUUGCCUUGGAUUCAAUCUCAAGCUUCAAAGCAUGAGCUUCAUCCGAGCACUAGAAUUCCCUGGACUUACUUAUUUCUCUCAGCCAUUUGGUUGCUAUGGAAGGACAGAAACAACUACAUAUUCGCACAUGUUCAGACCCCGCCACAAAUUCUUUGUUCUCAAAUCUUCCAACAUGCAUUCUACACAUCUUUGGCUCCUAUCCAUUCUGUUGAACUACCGAACAGAAAGUUGAGAUGGGUACGGUGGAGACCGCCAGCGGAGGGGAUGCUGAAACUGAACACAGAUGGUUCUCGAUUGAGCGGUUCGAGAAUAGCUAGUGCAGGAGGUCUAGUGCGUGAUUCGGCAGGUAAAUGGGUGCACGGCUUUGUAGCAAACAUUGGGAAGGCUACUAAUUUUAUAGCGGAGCUUUGGGGACUUAAAGAAGGACUGCUUCUAUGUCUCUCUUUGGACAUUCGUAAGUUAGAGGUAGAGUUGGAUUCGAUGACAGCUCUUCAAGCAGUUCAUGCUGAAUGUCUACCAAAUGGUUUGGCCACUGCUUUAAUCCUUGACAUCAAGGCUCUUGUGGCCUCUUUUGAAUUUUGUCUUCUAUCCCAUACACUUAGGGAGGGCAAUUCAGCAGCUGACUUCUUAGCUUCCUUGGGCCACUCUUCACCAAACGGAACGACGUUGUUGCCGUCCCCACCUUCAGGCAUGGCUUCCUUAUUAUUAGGGGACGCUAUGGGAAUUCUAUUUCCCAGGAUGUAGUUUCGUUUCCUUUCUCUCCAGUUGUACCAAAAAAAAAAAAAAACAACUAGCCUUGU